UAAAAAAAAGGAAUCAUUUAUAUAGUUUCUUAAAAGAAAAACCAACCUUAUCAAACUAUACAGAUGUAAGUUGCGUUACCCGUAUUUUAAUAGAAACAGUCUGACAUUCAUAAACAAACGGUCCAGUAAACAAAUCGUGUUAAAAUCUCAUUUUACGAAUACGUACUAAUAGAAUCAGAUCCCAUCAUAUGAAUAAGAGUCAACGAGAGAGAGAUCAACGAAUCACACGCCAUGAACCAAACCAAAACCACUGACGACAAUAACAACAAUUCCAAACCGGACGAAACCGAAUCAACCACCACCGUACCGGAAUGGAUAACCGAAACAAUCAACGGUGGAUCCUUCCACCACGUAGAUCUCGAAACCGGAACCAACGGCUGGGCUUCACCACCAGGCAACGUCUUCUCUCUCCGCUCCAACAACUACUUCACCACAAAACAAAAAUCUCCCGGCGGAGAUUACCUCCUCUCUCUCAUCGCCGUAGACUGGCUCAAAUCCACCACAAAGAAACUCGAUCACAUCCUCUGUCGUCCCGAUAACCGUGUAAUCCACGCUCUCGAAACAUCCCAAUCUCGCAGUUUCAUCUUCGCCGUGAAUUUCCAGAUCCCAGGGAAAGAACACUACCACUUAGUCCUCUACUUCGCAACAGAAAAACCAAUCCCUUCCGAUUCAAUCCUCCACAAAUUCAUCAAUAUAGACGACGACUCGUUUCGCAACGAGAGAUUCAAAGUUGUUACCAAUGUUGUGAAAGGUCCAUGGGUGGUCAAAGCAACAGCUGGGAAACUCGGUGCGUUUCUUGCUGGGAAGGUUGUGAAAUGUAGUUACUAUAGAGGAGCUAAUUAUUUUGAGGUUGAUGUUGAUUUUAGUAUCUCGGCGAUUUAUUCGGCACUUGUGAGGCUUACGUUGGGGUAUGUUACGAAUUUGGUGGCUGAUGUUGGUUUUGUUGUGGAGGCGCAAACGGAGGAGGAGUUGCCCGAGAGAUUGAUUGGUGGUGGUAGAGUCUGUUAUAUGGAGUUAUCGUCGGCGUUUUUGGUUGAUGAUGGGAAGAAGAUGGGUGCGGCGGAAGGAAAUCACAGCGAGGAUGAGAUUUGAGAUUUGAAAUUUGAAACGAAGAUACGUCAACGCUUACUUUCUUUUUUUUUUCUUUUUUUUUCUGGGUUUCUUGGUGAGUUUAUUAUAUAGAAUCUUUUAAUCUUUUUAAUAAUAAAGAUUGAUAGUUUUGAAGUUUAGAGUUUUUGUUGAGUAGAAUUUUUACUAUCCAAUGAUAGAAUCUUCGAGUGAAAUCCUUAAGUGAAAUUUUUUUAUUAGUCCGUGAAAAAGAGUGUUUAUUGGUAAAAAGAAGAGUGUGUAUUAGGUUAAAGAAGAGUGUUUAUUGGGUGAAAGAAGAGUGUGUAUUAGAUUAAAGAAGAGUGUUUAAUCGGUUCGUUUAGAA